UUAAGGUUUUAUUAUUGCCAUAAAUAAUAAUAAAAGCAUACUUUGAGAUGGGCGAGUGGAAACGUCAGGACUGAUGGAUGACAAGAUUAACUCUGCCGCAAACGGCGCUGCGGAUUUUCCAGCGGCAGCAUCAGACAAUAGCACAGGGAGGAGGCAGCAUCGGGCUACCUCGCCGACAAAAAUCCGGGAAUGCGCCUCAAAACCGGCCCCGAAAUCCUCCAGCAGAUCCAAAAAUAUCGUUUCCAAAGGAGGAUCGAGGAAUAAGGUGGUAAACGAGGGGCUUAGGACCGCUGUUGUGAGGGAGAAGGCGAUCGAGAAAUGCGACGUGGAAGCUUUUCACCCGGAUGGUGCUGAAACUGAUGCUGUCAAUUGCAAUGCAAAUAAGGCGGAUGCUAGCAGAGAGGAAGGUACGGAGGAGAUAUUUAACCAGCCGAUAGAUUCUCAAACCGGUCGUUCCUCGUUACGUUUAUCCUGCCUCAAAGGCGAGUGUUCCCAACAUAUUGGGUCAUACAGGCCAGACGGCUCCAGCACCGCGGGUUCGGUGAAAGGGAAAGCGAAGAAGCGGGGAGGGGAGGCAGUGACAGCAUCAGCGGGCUGCCGCUGGGACAGAAGCGGGGAAUACGUGGGCUGCGGGCCGGGCCUUGGUCUGUGGAGCGGGGGUUGCUUGCAGACUGAACUCAUCCACUUCCACCUACAUAAAAAGCUGAAGAGAAGCGGCAGCAAGAUGCACACCAAGGCAGAAAACGCGCCGGGCGCCGAGGCCGCGGCCGAGCCGGAGCCGGCUACAGAGGCCAUAGAGGCGGAGCCCGUGACACAGCAAGACGAGGGCCUGGAGGACGAGCUAGAGAGACUGGUGGAUGAGAAUGAAGAUCUCAAGGUUUGGCAUCACUGACAUACAAUUAAUUAAGUUCAAUGUAUGCAAACACAUUGUAUGUAUGGACCACGUUUUAUUAAGAUUAAGAUUGAUUGUGAAAUCAGGCCUAUUGCCCAGAGUUUGGCACUGACAUAGCCCUAUGUUCAUAUAAUGCAUUUAAUGCAUGCUUAAUUAACUCUUGUACAUAGUAGGCCUAAGUGAAAAGGUAGACUUAUUUCGUGUUUGAUUAUAACACGGCAACUGUGUUAGUAUUGCUAACGUUAUACCAGGCAUAUUCCCCAAGAUGUAUCAUUAGGCCUAUACUGGAAAACUGAAUGUUGAUAUAAUGAAGCAAUAAUCUUUUUUAGCCCACCAGUAGUCUAACUGAAUAGUUAUUAUUCUUUCCAUAACAUUACAAAGAACUGAUGUAGAAAUGUGUCUACCUCCCUUGGUUUGUUAUGAAAUGCUUGUGAAAGCUAAAUGAUUUAGGUAGACCUAUAGCCUACACAAGCCAAACCCCUCCUCCCUAUUCAGAACAAUAAAAAGCACUAUCCUGUGUUUAGCCUACUUCUAAUCAUUGAUUGACAUACAGAUGUAGGAUCUUAAUUUGAACCAGUUUGCUACAGUAGGAAAAUAAUUCUGCAGCAACAGGAAAUGUGAAUUCUUAUGUGGAUUAUAAUUAAUGGACAUUUAUGUAGGGGUUGAUACAUUUUACAGACACUACCGGCCAAAAGUUUUAGAACACCUACUCAUUCAAGGGUUUUUCUUUAUUUGUACUAUUUUCUACAUUGGAUAAUAAUAGUGAAGACAUCAAAACUAUGAAGUAACAAAUAUGGAAUCAUGUAGUAAUGAAAAAUGUGUUAAACAAAUCAAAAUAUAUUUGAGAUUUGAGAUUCUUCAAAUAGCCACCCUUUGUCUUGAUGACAGCUUUGCACACUCUUGGCAUUCUCUCAACCAGCUUCACCUGGAAUGCAUUUCCAACAGUCUUGAAGGAGUUCCCACAUAUGCUGAGCACUUGUUGGCUGCUUUUCCUUCACUCUGCGGUCCAACUCAUCCCAGACCAUCUCAAUUUGGUUGAGGUCGGGGGAUUGUGGAGGCCAUGUCAUCUGAUGCAGCACUCCAUCACCCUCCUUCUUGGUAAAAUAACCCUUACACAGCCUGGAGGUGUGUUGGGUCAUUGUCCUGUUGAAAAACAAAUGAUAGUCCCACUAAGCCCAAACCAGAUGGGAUGGCGUAUCGCUGCAGAAUGCUGUGGUAGCCAUGCUGGUUAAGUGUGCCUUAAAUUGUAAAUAAAUCACAGACAGUGUCACCAGCAAAGCACCCCCACACCAUAACACCUCCUCCUCCAUGCUUUACGUUGGGAACUACACAUGCAGAGAUCAUCCGUUCACUCACACCGCGUCUCACAAAGACACGGCGGUUGGAAUCAAAAAUCUCCAAUUUGGACUCCAAACCAAAGGACACAUUUCCACCGGUCUAAUAUCCAUUGCUCAUGUUUCUUGGCCCAAGCAAGUCUCUUCUUCUUAUCGGUGUCCUUUAGUAGUGGUUUCUUUGCAGCAAUUCGACCUUGAAGGCCUGAUUCACACAGUCUCCUCUGAACAGUUGAUGUUGAGAUGUCUCUGUUACUUGAACUCCUUGAAGCAUUUAUUUGGGCUGCAAUUUCUGAUGUUGGUAACUCUAAUGAACUUAUCCUCUGCAGCAGAGGUAACUCUGGGUCUUCCAUUCCUGUACCGGUCCUCAUGAGAGCCAGUUUCAUCAUAGCGCUUGAUAGUUUUUGCAACUGAACUUGAAGAAACUUUCUAUGUUCUUUAAAUGUUCCGUAUUGACUGACCUUCAUGUCUUAAAGUAAUGAUGGACUGUCGUUUCUUUUUGCUUAUUUGAGCUGUUCUUGCCAUAAUAUGGACUUGGUCUUUUUCCAAAUAAGGCUAUCUUCUGCAUACCCCCUCGACCUUGUCACAACACAACUGAUUGGCUCAAACGCAUUAAGAAGGAAAGAAAUUCCACAAAUUAACUUUUAAGAAGGCACACCUGUUAAUUGAAAUGCAUUGAGGUGACUAUCUCAUGAAGCUGGUUGAGAGAAUGCCAAGAGUGUGCAAAGCUGUCAUCAAGGCAAACGGUGGCUAUUUGAAGAAUCUGAAAUAUAACAUAUAUCUUGAUUUGUUUAACACUUUUCUGAUUAUAACAUGAUUCCAUAUGUGUUAUUUCAUAGUCUUGAUGUCUUCACUAUUAUUCUACAAUGUAGAAAAUAGUAAAAAUAAAGAAAAACCCUUGAAUGAGUAGGUGUUCUAAAACUUUUGACCGGUAGUGUAAGAGAAAAUCAAGUCUAAAUUUCAAAGUGGAAAUUACAAACUUCAGAAGCCUUUUUAAACCUCAAAUACAGGACAUGUUUUAAAUUUCAUGCAUUGCAGGACAGUUCUCCAGCAACAGGGUGAUCAAAUUAAGAUCCUACAUCUGUAAUAAUGAAAAAUACCCUAUUGAUCGGUUCAGAUUAGCUUGUCCCUAUCCAAUUACAUCAUGUUCUGAGGACCUAAACACCAAUAACACUGAAUCGUGAGCCCCACGCCCCCUGUACGCUACCAGUGCCUGACUGACUGAUCACUCUUAUUGAUGUCCCAGAUGGAGAUUGAGGAGAUGAGGACGGAGAUGGACGAGAUGCGUGACACCUUCUAUGAGGAGGACACGUGCCAGCUGCAGGAAAUGAGGCGUGAGCUGGAGCGAGCCAAUAAGAACUGCCGGAUCCUCCAGUACCGGCUGAGGAAGGCUGAGAGGAAGAAGCUGCGCUACGCCCAGACAGGAGAGAUCGAUGAAGAACUACUAAGGAGCCUGGAGCAGGACCUGAAGGUAUGGAGGGAGGGAGGGAGGGAGGGAGCAUAGGCUUGAUAUUUAAACUAAUUUAAUUAGUUAGUUGAUGCGCUGUCCACUCACCAAGAUAAUUGAUUCAAUCAACUUUUAAUCAAUGUCCCUGAUUCGGUGUAAUCCAGGUAGCGAAGGAUGUGUCUGUGAGACUGCACCAUGAGCUGGAGAAUGUGGAGGAGAAACGCACAAAGACAGAGGACGAGAAUGAGAAACUGAGGCAGAAACUCAUCGAGGUGGAGGUGACCAAACAGGCCCUUCAGAAUGAGCUGGACAAAGUCAAGGAGGUAAGAGCAUACACCCACAGUACACUAUAUCAUCUAUACAGCACAUAUAUUGCUAUAAUACAUAUUACAUAGGUUUAUUAUUUUAUUCAAUUCCCAUCAGUCUCAGAAGAGAAGAGGAAGCAAGGAGGUUCAAAGGUCAGACAAGAAGUCUGCCCAGACCCCAACAGAGGUGAGGGCUCAUCAUCAAAUGGUUUUAUCCUAGAAAACAAUAACAAGUGAUUUUGUUACAAAUACCAGUGAGAGUUGUGUCUGCUGUACUGUACAUCUGAAAUGCAUUAUCUUCCUUCCACUUCCCUCUCUCUCAGGACCACAACGAGGACCUCAAGUGCCAGCUGGCCUUCAUCAAGGAGGAGGCCGUGUUGAUGAGGAAGAAGACAGCUAAGAUCGACAAGGAAAAGGACCGUCUGGAGGCGGAGCUACAGAAGUACCGCUCCUUCUACGGGGACCUAGACAGCCCCCACCCCAAGGGUGAGGCCGGGGGACCCCCCACCACCCGCGAGUCCGAGCUGAAGCUGCGUCUGCGUCUGGUGGAGGAGGAGGCUAACAUCCUGGGGAGAAAGAUCGUGGAGCUGGAGGUGAGAGAGACAGGAUGUGAUGCAGAGUGUUUGAUGUAGGUUAUGUCAUCAAAGAAACCAGGAAAUAAGUUUGCACUUGGGAACACAACUGUUCCAAGCAUUUCUAUCAGUUCCGUUCAAAACUGCUUUCAGAAAGAGGAUGCUAGUGAUUCAUAACAUAACUGACCAAUUGUUUUUCAUGUCAUGUGUUUCCAGGUGGAGAACCGGGGACUGAGGGCCGAGCUGGAUGACCUCAGGGGAGAAGGGGAGGGAGAAGGGGGGUCCGGUGGCGGGGCUUUGGGUGGGGUGGGGGCGGGCCGGGGCCAUGGGGAGGCAAUGACAGAGCUGAGGCAGCAGCUGCAGCUGGUGGAGGACGAGGCAGAGUUACUGAGGAGGAACCUGGCAGACGCUGAGGAUCACAACAAGAGGGUGAUGGGAGAACUCAACAAGCUCAGGUUUAAGGCUGGGACCCACGAGGGAGGGGCGAGGCAUGGAGGAGGGGUAGCAGGAGGAGGAGUAAGCACAGAGAAGGCAGAUGCACUGCAGGAGGAACUGAAGACGGCCCGGCUACAGAUUAAUGAUCUCAGUGGGAAGGUGGGAUGGUUUUCCAUGCGUUGUUUUUCCCUUUUAUUUCUGUGACCUAACAUACAUCGAAAGUAUGGUAUAUGUUAAGCAAAAAGAUAUGGCUGGAAUCAAAGAUGAAAACAAAGAUAAAACGUCAUAAACAUAGCAUGCCUCAUUCAUCCAGUCCUCUUCUCUCUCCCCAGGUGAUGCAGCUGCAGUAUGAGAACCGUGUUCUGCUCUCCAACAUGCAGCGCUACGACCUGGCCUCCCACCUGGCCCUGAGGGGGGGCACAAGCCCCCGGGACAGCGAUGCAGAUAGCGACGCGGGAGGGACAGGCCCAAGCGUGCGCCGCGAGAGCGAUGAUGACUCCUCCUCCUCCCGCCUCCUGCCCCCGCACCGCAAACGCGAGGGCCCAGUGGGCGGGGAAAGUGACUCAGAUGAGGUGCGGAACCAAACCCGCUGCCUCACACCCACCCGGGGUCUCUACACACCACCCCCAGAGGCCGCCACCCACUUCCUGCCCCGCAGCCUACGGGAUCGCCAGCAGAUGAUCGACAUCCGGGUGGAGGCGGAGCGUCUUGGCAGGACCAUCGACCGGCUCAUCGCCGACACAGCAACCAUCAUCGCAGAGGCGCGGGUGUACGUUUCCAACAGUGACCUGUAUGGGCGGGGCAGCGGGGGUGAGGAGGAGGAGGAGGAGGGGGGGAGGAUCAGGGAGCAUGAGCUGCUGUACAGGAUCAAUGCCCAGAUGAAGGCCUUCAGGAAGGAGCUACAGGGCUUCAUAGACAGACUGGAGGUGCCCAAACCUGAGGACAGGGAAGAGGAGCCACUUUCGGUAAGUGUGUGUAUGUGUGUGUGUGUGUGCGUGUGCUUGCGUGCGUGCGUGUGUGUGUGUAUGUGUGUGUGUGUGUGUACUUGUGUGUGCGUAUAUGUGUGUGUUUCUGUUCAUAAGCCAUCAAAGACCAGACAUGUUAGCCUUCUACCCUUUUAAUUGAUACAGGCUGGGUCUCUGUAUUUGAGGUGUAGAGUGAGGUCCAGCUUUAGCAGCAUGUGGUUCUCUGUAAGUCUAAGCAGCCGUGCUGUAAUCUUAUUGUUAGGUUAAGUAGACUAUCACUCUAUUUGAGUGGAAGUGUGUGUGUGUGUGUGUGUGUUGUGUGUGUUGUGUGUGUGUGUGUGUGUGUGUGUGUGUGUGUGUGUGUGUGUGUGUGUGUGUGUGUGUGUGUGUGUGUGUGUGUGUGUGUGUGUGUGUGUGUGUGUGUGUGUGUGUGUGCAUGUGUGCGUGCAUGCAUGCAUGCAUGUGUUUUAAUUAAAGAGACAUAAGACCUGGCCAUAACCCACUUUCAGAUAUGGUUUGGCUGUAUCAGCAUAGUCUCUUCACUUGUCCCUGACCGUUGAAUAUUCUGCUGACUCUAUUCUCCCUCUUCCUCUGACUCUAUUUUCCCUCAUUUCUCCUCUGUUGACACUCAUGUUCUGUUCUUCCUCUGCCCAGAUGUUUCAGCCCAUUAUUUUACUCAUCCUCAUACUAGUCUUAUUCUCCUCCCUCUCCUAUGCCACCAUCUUUAAACUUGUCUUUCUGUUUACCCUGUUCUUCGUCCUGUGA